AGUUUCAUUCAAAUUCAAGCGUGACUCACACACACUCAUCAGACAAACAAAAUCUGGUUUUCUUUUGGCAACCACCAAAAGACAUGAAGAAGACAGAAAACGUUACAUUUUAUGGAACACUAGCCCGUACUAGACAAGUUUUUUGGGUAAAGGAAAAAAGUGACUCGUUAAACUUGAGCGCCUUGGAGGAUGACAAACCUGUGCCGACAAAAAACACAACUGCCAACAAACCUGUGACAAAAAACACAACUGGAAAAGUUACGUCGAUCACUACACCGACAAAAGUUACGUCGAUCACUACACCGACAAAAGUUACGUCGAUCACUACACCGACAAGUGUAAGUUAAACUAUGAGUAGGCUAUUACUGAAUAAAUUAAAAAUCAAAAGUCAAACUUAGCCUUCUGAUUGGUCACUUUGGAGACUUUUAAUUUUUGGUAUAAUAUACCAUUUAUACUGAGACCCUCGGCUCGGGGGAUUCGGCGAAAUAUUACCCUCAGUGACGACAUGAUCGCUUCGGGUAAUAUUGUGCCGAAUCCCCCUCGCUCCAGGUGAAAAAAAGAUAAAUAUACACCCGUUAACAAAAUGGUUGUCGUAUCCAGAUAGAUAGAUAUAGAGUAUAUUACACGGCGGCGCGCGAAGAUAUGACUUUUAUCUUCGAGUGGGAAAACAAUAUCGAGUAACCGCUUCGUACAGUCUAUACAAUGUUUUAAUAGAUGUUUAUCAUUGACAUUGCUCUACUACCUUGGUAUCGAGCACUAGCCCUGUUGGCUACCACGCUAUGUUAUAUACAUAUUUGGUUGCUGGCUUUGGUUGAGACUGUUAUAUAUUUUAGAACAGGUCUUACUAUGUAGGUGUAUGUCCACCCACGCAGCACAGUCUAUAUAGUCAAUGCAAUCAGAAGUUUUGGUUAGCGUGCGAAUUCCCUAGCUGAUAAGACUAGGCUGCAUAGCAGGCGUUUUUUACGGGAUAAACGCCUGCUACGCAGGCUAUGGUAAAACCAGUUUAAAGAGAGCCAGGACAAAUAAUGUAACCAACUUGAUUGUUUCUCUCUUUUUAUAGAAAGGAUCAAAUACGACUUCAUUUGGUGUUUCACUACUAAGCAUAUUGUUGAUAAUUACUAUAAAAAUAUCGACGUCUUAGGAAAUGGAUGGUAAUUAGCUAAUUAUAUAUAAUUUAUAUACAGAGUGAAACAGGGUGUAUAAAAAAGUAGAAAUUUUGAAACGGCUCUCCAAACAAUCUAUAGAUAAAUAUAGAUUGUUUGGGUAUUUAUAAUGUAGAAUAAAUACAACUUUAAAAGUUUAAAACGCAUUUUUGAGUUAAUUUAAUGGGCGAGAAACUAAAGUGUUACGUGUUUUAUCAGUGGUCCAAAUAUCAGAAAAUUUUCUUAAUUUUAAGUUCUUUAAAUAGCUGAAACUUUCAUUUUUUCCCACCAAUGCCCACAUCACGCAUGCUUAAUUCAUGCAUAUACCUAAUUUACAUAUUGUUAUUUUACUUUUUUAACAAUAACAAUAUGCAAAUAAGGUAAAUGCAUGCGUGAUAGGUGUUGGUGUCAAAAAACUAUAAGAGUUUCAGCAGUUAUUUAAUUAAAGGAUUUUUUGAGUAAAUUUUCUAAUAUUUGGACCAUUGAUAAAACACAUAACAAAUGUCUCCACAUAAACUCAAAAUGCAUUUUAAACUUUUAAAUUUCGCGCGCAGGCUAUUUUAAUGCUGCUAAAAAGACCCCCUCUCCUGCUCUGGAACAUUUAUGUUUACGAAAAAGUAAAUUAGUACACCAACAAAGUAUAUUUAUCAAAAAUUGCAUGAAAUUAGCGGUUUGCGAAAUUGAGAGCCGUUUCAAAAUUGUCUAGUUUUUUUAUACACCGCUGAAAUUUAUAUAACAAAGUGUUUACACAUACAUACAUAUGAAAAAUGAAAGUGAAAAGUAUAGACAUAGACAGAUAGAUGAUAUUAUCUAUUAUAGAUUUAUGAGUUAUAAUAUAUAUUGUUAAAUUUAGGAAUUACCUAAUACUGUAUUAAUUAUCCCCGAGCCAACGGCACGGAGCGCCGUUCAGGGUGUAAGCCCGGGGCGAGGGUACUAAUUCCGCCCGGCUAUUUACACCCGGAGAAACGAAAGCAUUAGCGAAGUCUAAAGUUCAUCAAUGAUCGCGGGCGUGGGUGACCAACGAUGUUGAGUGGGUGGUCAUCCUCACUGAUCUCAAAAUAUGUGGCGGACUGUCAUGAACAGCGAACACUGAUUGGUCAAAUUUAAAAUUUAAACGACAACGAAAUAACAAACAUUUUUUGCAAAUCAGCAAAUUUAUUGUGUUUUUGCCUCGGUUUUUGCAAGAUUUUGCAAAUUUCAAAACCUUUUUGAGAGCCAAAAACCGUCUGAAAACGUCUAAAAGAAUGGAGCAAAGUCGCUGGCGUUAAUGAAGGUAAGUUUGUUUUUAAUUUGAUGUAUUGUUUGCUUUUAGUUUUAAGAACAUUUUAAAACGUUUUGCGAAGCGUUUGUGGUUGAAUUUCACAUUAAAUUGAAGCUUAUAUUACGUAUAAUAACAUACCUAGCAUAUAUAUGUUUGGGAAAUUGAUCAUUUUGUAAUUAAAAGUGUUAUUUGCAACAUGAGUUCCACCUUUGAAUUUACUAUAUGAGUAAAUUCUUAAACACGUCUGAAUUUAUCAUUAUGAUAAAUUCGCGACACAUUUUGAAUUUAUCAAUAGAGUUAAUCAUAAAACCACAAGCAUUAGACAAGAUCUCUUGUUAUAAAUGUAAUGGCACUAAAACGGAGGCUGGUCGCCCUGGGGUGGGGAG